AGUCAACAAUUCAUUGGUUAGCUUGUUUAAUAUAUUCAAAACAGUUUCGCUGUUUUAACAAUCGAAAAUACUUCAUUAGAAAUGGCUGGAAAAGAUGUCAAACUGAGCAAUGGUUCACCAUUGCCAUAUACACAUGAUCAUGAAGAGCCAAAGGAUAUGGAGAAAGGUGCUAUUUCAACUAGAUUCAACUGGCCUUCCCUUCAACUACUCUCUGGGCAAGGAAGAGCUUACUCCGAAAUAUGUAUGCCCCUUGUUAACGCCGCGAUGAACGGGGACAUUAACGAAGCUCUUCGUUUGAUAGAAAAGAAUGGAGAAUACGUGCUAUACGAAGCAAUCACAGAGGGUUAUGAAACAAUUCUCCAUGUUGCAGCAGCUGCAGGAAGUAUCAGCUUCGUAAAGUUGAUGUUAAAAUAUAUGAAACGAGAGGACUUGAUGUUACAAGACAAAAAUGGUAAUACCGCCUUUUGUUUGGCUGCUAUGAUUGGCAAUUUACAAAUUGCCAAGAUUUUGCUGGAAAGGAAUAGAAGUUUAUUGACAUUCCGAGGUGGUCAAAAUAUGACACCACUCUAUUUAGCUGCUUUGUUUGGACAACGAGAAAUGACAAAGGUUUUAUACCUUGGCACUAAACAAAUUCUGACCCAAGAGGACCGAAAGGCUAUCUUUUUAGUUAGUAUCAACAAUGGUCUUUAUGAUCUUGCUCAAACAUUGCUAGAGAAUGAUAGAGAGCUAGCUAUAGCUCAUCAUGUUCAAUAUGGAACGGCCUUCGAUAUGUUGGCCCAAAGGCCCCAAGAGUUUGUUACUGGAAGCCCAAGACUAUUCAAGAGACUGAUCAACUCUAUCCCAGGAGCAAUGAAUAAGUAUACUGAUCUUCAUGCUGAAAUGACUUCAACCCAUGUACUUAAAUUACUCAAAUGUCUUUUGAAAGAAAUAUUACAACGAGAAGACGAGGACACUGUGGAACUAAAAAGAAAUCUACCAGAGUCAUUGUUCAUUGCUGCCAAAAUGGGCAACUUUGAAUUCUUGGCCCAUCUUAUUCGCUCUUAUCCUGAUUUGGUUCAUGAAUUAGAUGAAAAUGAUCAAACCAUAUUUCACAUUGCAAUUUUACAUGGUCAUACCAAUAUAUUGGAUCUACUUAAUGAGAUAGGCUUCGCCAAGGAGUUAUUGAUGACCUAUGUUGAUAAGGAUCAGAAUAAUAUUCUACAUCUGGCUGCAAAAUAUCAACAUGGAAGUCCAAUCACCACUCUAUCAUGUGCAGCUUUACAGAUGCAGCAAGAAUUAGUAAAAUUUAAGGAGGUUGAAAAAAUUGUGAAACCUUACUACAAGGAAAUGAAAAAUUCAGAGGGCCAAACCCCUCGAGAGUUAUUCACCAUUGAACAUUCAGAACUAUUGAAAAAUGGGGAACUUUGGAUGAUAAAGACGGUUAGCUCAUGUAUGAUAAUUGCAUCCCUUAUCACUAUGGUGACAUUUCUAGCAGCUGUCAAUGUACCAACCAAUACAAGGGAGAAUAUAAGUUAGGUCUUUGUUGUGGCAAAUGCUGUCGCAUUAUCCUCCUCUUCGAUCUCAAUGCUCAUCUUUUUAUCUAUUAUUACAUCUCGUUAUGCAGAAGAUGAUUUUCUCAAAUUGUUACCACUAAUGUUGAUGGGUGGACUCUCAAUGCUCUACAUAUCUAUAACCACCAUGAUGAUAGAUUUUUUCUCUAUCCUUCAUCAAACAUUAUCAUGAUAGAUUAAGUUGGGUAUCUAUCCUUUCCACUGUACUUGUGUUUGCCGCAGGCUUUCUAAUUUUUCUUCCACGACUUUCACUUAUCGAAGGACUAUUUGUAUUCUUCUUAGGGCUUGUAUAUAUUUUGGAUUAGUGUUUAUGGUUGCUCAAUGGUCAUGUUAACUCUAAUUAUUAUUAUUAUUAUUAUUUUUUGUU